CAAGUUCAACUAAAAGCUCAACAAAAUAUUGAAACAGCUCAACAAAAACAAAAGGAAAGGCAUGAUGAACAUGUUAAGGAAACUUCUUUUCAUAUUGGUGAUAAAGUCUUAUUAUAUCGGUCAGCACAAGCUAAAGUGCAUG